UGUGCGUUUGCACUAUGUAUGCAUGUUUGCGUUCUCAGUUGCGUCAGUGGCAUCAGUUUCUGCGCCAGCAGCAGGCUCCUCCCCUCUGUCCAGACCCCUCCUCCUUCCUGUGUGUCAGUAUAAAACAUGGUGUGCUCUCUCUCACAUACUCACUCACAGCCUCUACACUGGAGGAGCGAAGCUCAACAUCUUCAGACUCAUCCUCUCCUGGUCCACGCCAACAACUGCAGUCAUGAACAUAGGUAUCUGUGUGUGUGUUCUCCUGGCUGCUCUGUCCAGCGGUUCCCUGAGUCUGCCCACACAGUCCAUGUCACAGAGAGCUGAGGGUGAGGCUCUCAUGUCAGACAUUCUACCUCCCCCCUCACCCAACCACACACGCCAAGCUCGCUCAGCUCCAGCGCCCCCCUCAGGGCAGCUCGCCAACUACAACCCACAGGAGGACGCAGAUGCUCGAUACAGCCUGAGCCAGCUAUUGGCCAGACUCAUCUCCAGGAAAGGCUCUCCCUACCAGACCAGAUCCUCCCUCACUAGCAGAGCCAGUGGUCUAGCCCCAGGCCACAGGAUAAAGGACAGAGAUUAUCUUGGCUGGAUGGACUUUGGAAGACGCAGCGCAGAGGAGUAUGAAUACUCCUCCUAAAGGCAUGGCUUGCUUUUGCCGAGUUACAAACCCCAACACCGCCAAUAAAAGCUCACAAAAAAUAAUGAGCCCUUUUCACACUGCACUAACUAGAACCCAGGGCUGACUUAACUGGAUCCUACUAUGAGUUUAGCAACAUACUGUAAGCAUGAUGAUUCUGACUCAACCCCAAGCCUAUUUAUUUUUACUGAGGAUCUAAAUCCUUAAGAACACAUCUGAACAGACAAAAAUAUACUUUAAUUUCUAAAUAAGGCUCAGAAACUCCUAAAACAGCUGAGUUUUUAAGCAAUGUUACUCAUUUGUUGGGGGCUAUUUUCAGCAGUGGAUUAAUACAGAUUUGGUGAUCUAGUGAGCAUUUAUAACAGCAACACAGUACAUGUGGGUUAAACUCAAAUAUAAAAUCAAUGAAUGAGCAUUUCACUGGGUCCAACAGUGUGGCUCAUUUUUGUGUUUUUAAGAGUUUUCUCUGUGAUCAAAAACAGCUUUUAUUGGUGUUAACAGCUCAGACAUUUGCUCAGCAGACAUUUACUCUUAAGUCAAGAGCAAACUGAGCAAUGGAAAUCGUUUGAAUUGACUUAAAACAUUUGGAAGCUAAAAGGAAUACAUUUACAAAAACCUGCUCCUUUGAAUAAAUUUCAGUCUCAUUCCAGAGAGAGAAACUAGUGUCUUUGGACUCAAAUUUAUGCCACUCAAAGUAGGGUUAAAACAUUUCCUUCUAAUGACAAUUCAGAAUGUAUCUGAGGCCUUAUAUUAGACUUUAAUGACCCACUAAGGUGUCUUUAGCAAACUGAACCAAAAGUAGGAUUUAAGACUGUAUCUUUGAUUGGUACCUUAAUGUGUUCAGCCAACUGCCAGCCAAGAGCUUCAAUUCACUUCAACUUUACACAAGUGCACAGUUAAAACAAAACAAAAUAAAAUAACUAUUUUUAAAUAUCAUACCAUCUGCAACAAAAGAACAGAGUGAUACAAUAUAAAAACUCUGGCAGGUGUUAAUAUAACAGUCUCUGUAUGGAUUGCUGGACUGGAAGAACAGGACCAACUUUUCACCCCCAACUCUGCGUGCUGAAGGUAACCCUGGGCUAAAACUGUGCAGUGUGAAAAGCAUAAGAUAUAUUUUGGAAAGCACACGGUGUUGUCUGUAUGAGAUGCUUGGGAGUCUCCCUGUCAUUGCUUAAUGGACUUUGGUGGAAUAACAUUAAAAAUCAGGAUUACAAAUACUGUAGAUAUCUAUAGAUAGUGUUUUCUGUUCUUUUGUUUUGAAAGAUCAUUAUGUAUGUAUGUAUGCACUCUUAAAGGUUACGUCUCUGUAAUAAAUACUAUGUUUCUACCAA